AUGUUGCUUACCCUCGGAGGCGCUCUGCCCGUACCAGCUCCUCCGUCCUCUUCGCCCCUGAUAUCACCGGAACUAGUUAUCACAGACCAGGAAUGGCAUCGAUCGAGACCGACGGCUGUGAUCGGCAAACGAGCACCGUCUCCGUGGGAAUGGGGCUGGCCCUUCUCCUGGGCAUCAUCGCCGCCGAGGCAAUCACAGCCCGCUAGAGCAUCAAGUUGGUGGUCACCGUCGAGCUGGGGAUUUCGGGGGCAAAAGAAAAGUAGCUACAGUGCCCCAACGUCAGGAGGAUUUACCGCCACAAAUCAGCAGAAAUCAUCCGUUGGUGGCUCCAGACAGCCGACGAAGAACACCGCGAAUACUUACCCGGCUGUUACGAGGCAACCCACGCCGCCCCAAAACAAACAGACCAACCUCAAUGGGAACUCUGUUGCCAGUGCUGGUCCAUUGCGAGCCUCGUCAAACACUCAAUCCAGAGUCGUUUCAACGCCGCCGUCUCUCAGGCCCGGUUCCGCGCGUGCCAAUCCGUCAAACACUCAGCCCAUAGUUGAUUCAACGCCGCCGUCUCCCAGGCCCGGUUCAGCGCAUGCCAAUCCGUCAAACACUCAAUCCAGAGUUGAUUCAACGCCGCCGUCUCUCAGGCCCGCUUCAGCGCAUGCCAAUCCGUCAAACACUCAGCCCAUAGUUGAUUCAACGCCGCCGUCUCUCAGGCCCGGUUCCUCGCAUGCCAAAGACUCAUCCAAGUCAAGCUCAGGGACUUUGAGUCCGCAUGAGGAUCUAAGCGACCUGAUGCCAUGGGUUCCAAACGGGGGAUAUAAGGCUUAUAAGCCACCCGCAGCUCCGCAGUCCGAGAAGGAGAAACCCCCCACAAAGCCAACAGAUGCUCCAAAAACCGCUACAAGUCUGGGACCCCAGCCUACCCCAACCCCUGGUCCACAGGCACCGCCUUCACGGGCGUCAGAGAAGCAACAGGCUCCCCCAGCCCUAGGGCAACCGUCAAAGUCGAAACCCCCAAAGCCUGACGCAGCACCGGGCCUAUGGACGGGUUCGUCCUCCAAAACAGCCUCGGGUGCAAGUCCACAGGCGCCUUCAAAGGCUUCUCCGGAAAAGCCACCACAGGCUUCCCCAACUUUACAUACAGGCUUGUGGCAGCCUCCAAAGUCGAAAACCCCAAAGCCUGACGCAGCACCGGGCCUAUGGACAGGUUCGUCUUCCAAAGCCUCCCCAGAUCCGAGUCCCCAAACGCCUUCAAAAGCUUCUCCGGAAAAGCCACCACAGGCUUCGCCAGUUCUACAUACAGGCUUGUGGCAGCCUCCAGAGUCGAAAACCCCAAAGCCUGACGCAGCACCGGGCCUAUGGACAGGUUCGUCUUCCAAAGCCUCCCCAAGUCCGAGUCCUCAGACGCCUCCAAAGGCCUCGGAGAAUCCAAGUAAAGGCUUGUGGCAGCCUCGAGUAUCAAAAGACUCAAAGUCUUCCCCGGCAACAGGUCUAUGGACACCUUCAAAACCUGCGGGGGAGCCACAAUUGUCGCAGAAAUCUCCUGUCGACCCACCCCCACAGUCCUCGUCAUUAAAAUCAUCUCCAUCUUCGUCGUCUUCCUCGAGUCAAUCAUCCCCUCCACCUUCAAAAGUCCCAGAGGCGGCACAAGUAGCGGAGAAGAAACAGCCCACCCAAGGCCUAUGGACGCCGAAACCUAAACAAGAGACACAGCCGACUAAGCAGUCUCCAUCUAUAGUAUCUUCAUCUUCGUCGGCUAUCUCUGAUCCACCGUCUAGUCCAGUCACUGAUAAGGCGACUUCCGAUUCACUAACAAUAAAACUUCCAGAGACUCCCCAAGCGGCAAACAAGCCAAAGCCUGAAAAGCAGUCGCCGCCUGUCGUGGAACCUUCACCGUCAUCGGCAACGACACCACCGCCACCAGCCUCGGCAGUUACGAGUUCGCUUCCGUCUGGGAACAGAGGUAGUCAGUCAUCACCUGGUGCACCUUCACCGCCAAUUUUGUCUAAACCCCAGGACCAGCAGCGUUCAAACACACCUACUUUUGAUGAUAUUCUGGGGACUUAA